AGGGGAGCUUGAUACGACAGCCACUUCUGCUACUCCUAAUGACACGCCAGAGUUGCAGGAUCCUCCCAAUGAGAAUCUCAACAUGGACACUAGUGCUGCACAGGAUGGUGUACUAGAUGAGAAUUCGGUGGACCUGCAACAACUGGAAAAUGAGAAUCCUGACGAAGGCUUGGAUGCUACAAAGGAUGAUGUACCUGAUCAGGACUCGAUGGAGCUGCAGCAACCCGAAAAUGGUAUAAAGGAGCACAUCUGGCCAGAUUGCCGCUGUCAAGCCUGUGCUUCUAAGAAGAUUGAAGUCCUGGAGCAAGAAAUAGGAAAUUCGCAGAAGUUUAUCCUCGAGUUGCAGAAACAAAAUGCAAAGCUAGAGGUGCAGCUAGAUGCAGCCAUGUCAAGGUGUCUCACCCUGACUACUCUAGCCACUCCAAAGGACUGCAUGUACUACACUGGAUUGCCGAAUGUUGAAGUGUUCAAUAUUUUGCUUGAAUACUUUGCACCACGCGCUAGAGAAAUGUUGUACUGGGGCUCAGAUAAAAAACGGCAUAAUGACCCUCGUGGCAACAAAAAAAAAUUGCAAUCUGGCCAAAGAAUUUUUCAUGGUGUUAGUUCGGCUCAGGACAGGUAUGCAAGGGCAAGAACUGGCCAGGAAUUUCCUGAUGUCAGAAAGUCUAGUUAGCCGCACUUUUUCCACAUGGAUUAACUUUUUACAACGAGAGCUUCGGCACUUGACACCCUUACCUACUUUAGAUGACAUAAGAUCCCACCUACCGAAGUGCUUCUCUGAUUUUCCCGACACCCGUCUUGUUCUCGAUGCCACAGAGGUGAGAAUACAGAGGCCUUCGUCAUUGAGCGCACAGCGCCAAACCUUCUCACCAUACAAGCAUUACAACACGUACAAGGCGCUUAUUGGAUGUACACCAGAUGGAUACAUCACUUAUGUGUCUCGCCUCUGGGGAGGCUCUAGCUCGGAUAAAGCAAACUUGGAAAGUAGUGGUCUUCUUGACAAGCUGGAGCCAGGAGAUGCAAUAAUGGUUGAUAAAGGUUUUACAUUUCCUUACUUGCCAGCAGGUAUAACAGUUUAUCGGCCUCCAUUCCGAGAGCCUCACCAAAAGCAGAUGCCUCCCUGCAGGGUUGACGAAACCAGGCGCAUCGCUUCUGCAAGGGUGCACGUUGAAAGAGCCAUUGCAAGAGCUAAAAGCUUUCAUAUUUUGGAUAGGCCCUUUCCUAUCGCCAUGAUAGACAUUGCUGAGCAGGUUUUUGAAGUUUGUUGCCUCUUGAGCAACUACAGGCUGCCUUUGAUUCGAGAGGUAGAUUAGGAUUUGCAAGAGCACGAGCAUAGUUUUCAAAAGGAAGCCAAGUUUGAAAUUGGCCUGAGCUGGCUAGAGUUAGGAAAUGAUUUGGUGGCUGCAGCCAAGGCAGUAACAGAAGUCAGCUGUUUUUGGAAUGAUGUGCCAUUUUGAAUGUUUUACCAAACUUGCUGUAACCAAUAAAUGUAACUAUGAAA